AUCCAAGACCGGUGUAAGUUCAAAAUUAGUUCCGAAUGAACAGCUGAUCAAAUAAAAAAACGAAAAAGAGAAGGAUAAAACAUAAGAGAGAGAGAGAGAGCUAGACCGUCUGCACAGUGUACCAGAGAGUAAAAGAGUGUCUAACGAGAGUGAAUACGGUAGUGCUCUCUUUCUUGAAGUCAGUGAGAUGAUGAUGAUGCUCCGUACAAGAAAAUUUUAACAUACAUCAUCUGUAUUUCACACUGCCGCAACCAAAUUCCAAUAAGAUUUACUCUAACUGUACGUCAUCUAUAGGUAUCGCAGUCAACGUCAAAUAGCAUUCUCAUAAACCUGCUCCAACCAGUGCAUAUGCCUUCCAAUGUAAGACAUCACUAUUCCUACAGGAUAAACACGUCCACUGCGCAUGAUCGCUUCUUUUGCUCGACAGGCAGAACCGCUAGCGUGGUGGUGUGUCAGCUGUUAACAAUUUGCUCCUACCCGCACACAGCUAUCCCGGCAUCGGAUAGCAGAACGAAGCGAUUUUUAAAAAGGACAAUGAUAUAAACUAUCUGUGAUACUAGUUCGUGACAGUUUCUAGGUUCGAAUCUGUGAUAAUAAAACACGUUCAGUGCACACUUCCACCUUCACCAGAAUCAAGCCAACAACAUACACAACAAAUAGCAAAUGCUGCGGUUCUCACUGUAUCGUAUGGUGGUGCUGCUGUGUGUGGCCAUCAUGCUCUACACGGUGUACCGCUGGUGCCGGAUCCUAUUCGAACCGGGGCCCGAGCCAGACGGACGACAAUUUCAGCACACCUGCAACAUGACCGAGCACUACCGGCACGAGCUGGAACGAUUGUUCGAAAGAGUACACCGGCUACUGGAGCAGCACGGGCUGACACACUUCCUCUGCUACGGGACGCUCUGGGGGCAGAUACGCAUGGCCAAGAUGCUGCCGUGGCGGGAAAAGGCCGAGUUCUGUGUGCUCAACGAGGAGCUGAUGCGGCACGAGGAGGCACGCUUCAUACGGAACUUUUACGCGAGCGAGCUGCGCAUCCACUACCUGCACUCGGAGGGCAUCUACCGGAUAUUCGCGCAAGAGUCCCCCGCCCAGCAUGCACCUCCGUACGUGGAGCUGGUAGUAUUUCAGCUCGAUGAAGUGCAAGGUAUGUACAAACGGAUCGGCUGGAAGCGCCGCCUGUUGCCGCCGAACUGUGACUGGACCCCGUCGCUCGACUGCUUCCCGCACAAUCUGCUGCAGGGUACGCUGCCGAAGCGGCCACUCGGCCACCGGCACCACUACACCGUACCGAUGGGUGGGAUCGAGCUGCAAAAGUACCACUAUCCGGACAGUUGGUGGAAAGAGGUGAAGGUUCGCAACUGCAAUCUGCAGUAACCGCCCCACAGCUCAAGGGGAUGCAGUGCUCAAAGAGGCCGCCGUGCCGUGUUCUUCGGAUGCUCACACAGUGAUAGGUUAAUAAAUCCCUUCUUUUUUGUUCUCUCCAAAUCAAAAGCGCAUUUCAUGUGCUGUAAUUCAACGGUGUGUUCAAAUGCAUAUACAGGUUGUUGAAAUAGUACUGUUUUAUUCCUUUUUCUUCUUCCGUUUUUCGAAUCUCCUGUUGGGCGAGACGGGUAUGUGUUUGUGUGUGUGUGUGUUUUUUAUACGGUACAUACGUUUUGUGACUGUUGUUUGUCGCUGGCUGCCCAAGUUUCACUUACAGUGCGCUUACAGCAUCUUAUUCUAUCCAGCCCUUUCUUCUUUUUUUUUUGUACCUUUGGGGAAAGGGGAGUCGUCUGUCCAUCCAUCAGCUACGGGAGAAACGUACACAUUGUGAUGCCCUUUCGUGUUACCAUUUCCCAGCCUAAAUCGUUCGCCUUUC